UAGUCAUUAGUUUACCUUGUGUAGGUUUGUUCUAAGCUAUGGUUCAUUUAGCCUUUACUGGCCAUGGUAUUGUUUCGUAGCCUAUAGUAUUUGCAUAUAGCUAAGGCCAACUACCUUAGUUUGUGUAACUAGAAGAACUGGUGACCAAUAUUGGCUAGGCCUUAAAACCCAUAAGUAUACUUACAAUGUAUCCCUAAUGCAAAUGCAAAUGAAGUAUUAUUCUAGCUGCCAUUAUUUUUUAUGCCUGUUCUGAAUGCUCCAAUAUUGGCUAUGCUAAAUGGAAUUUCUGUGUAGGCCCAAAUUGACAUGAUGUCUGUUGUGAUAGAGUUAGUUCGCUUAGGACUUCUUCCUAAAGAAGCCUAUAUAGAAUGCUUGUGUAAAUUUGUUUACAAACAAGAAAUUGAUGUGAAAACAUGUGAGACUUUAUUAACAUUGAUAAAGGCCUGGGACAUAGAUGAAAAUCAUGGCUUAAAUGAAGAUGAAUCCCUUUAUAGUGCUUAUGCAGAGUUACUACAGAAUUAUCUCUAUCCACAAUUAACUCUAAUAACUGGAAAUGUAGAGGCUGAAUUGCCAAAUCAUUUCAAUAAUUUUCAUGCUUUAGAGGGUUUGAAAACUUGUGCUGAUGCAAAAUCAUCUUCUUGUAAAGGGAUUUCCUUGAAUACUCCUAGUUUAGUUAAACCUAACUGUAAAUUUGAGCAUCAGUCUUGUGAAGUACUUGCUCCAAAAGUAGUUGAAUUGAUCAAGAUUAUAGUGGAGAAGGUGAUUUCACAUAGAGGAAAUGUGUCAGUUGAAUUAGUAGGCUCAGAUUUAAUUAUUAAUUCUGUCAUCAAACGAAUAUUUGACUUAAUUGGGGAAAAUCUUCUUCAGUGUGACUCAAAAAGCUUUGGCAAAAAUUAUCAGCACAGAGUAAAGUUUGUGUCAUUGAUAUUUACAAAUUUUGUGAAUGGCAGCAAUUUCCUACGUGUGAGUAAUUUACAAUUGAAGGAGAAUGUUAUGAAUGUGAUUGGGGUAGCACUGACAAUGAUCCAGUCAUCACAUGAUUUGGAUGUGACAUCAUUAUUACUUAACCUCAUAAUUCGUCCUUUCUCAGAAACGUUUAUGGAGAAUGAGUUUGUCAUCAGUAGACUCUGGGGUAUUGUUUGUAACUUUUAUAUUGUUGACGAUGGUUUUGUCAAGGAGGAAGUAAAUUCUACAGGUUACCUUAUUCUGUGUUUUAUGGCCGAUUACAUCUUUGAUUCAGAGACUUUUAGUAACAUUAGGAAUGAUGAUAGGAUUUAUGUAAUUAUUCAGUUUGGCCUUGUGCAUCCUGAUUCAUUGAGUAGAAAGAUAUCGCAGUUCAUUCUAAAGAGAGCUGUUGACUUUUGCCUAUCAUGCCAGUCUGGUCACAUUACAUGUUCUUACUUCUUUUGGGAUGAUUCCCAUAAAUUAGAACUAAAAAAUGUGUGGAAUGAUUUUUUCUUGUUGCUUGAGACUUUGGAAGAAAAACAGUCACAUGUGGUACGACCUGUUUUGGAUAAAUUGGAUAAGUUUAUUGGGACUACUUCCUCAAAACUCAUUCACGUUGCAUGGAUGCUGACUGUCUUCAAAAGGAUCUUUGAUCAUGACAAUAAAAGUAUAAAGUUUUGGGGAGUCAUGAAACUGUUAAAACUGAAGCUGUCCGAAUUUUCUGUAGCUAAUGGAGUUUUAUCAUUUGUAAAUUCUAUUUUAAUUACGGUUUUGAGUGAUUACUCUCUUUAUAAUAGAGAAAUAAAUUUUUCUCAACCUAAUGUUAAGUUACUGCCAUCAGUAGGUGAAGAGUAUGGUAAUUUUCUUACUAAUAUGAUACUUGACAUGGAUUCAGGAUGUGUUGAAUAUUUCAUGCUGUCUAUUUUAGAAAAUAUAUUUGAUGGUAGAAAUUGGGGAGGAAUUCCUUUGCUCUACAUUAUGCGUGGAUUGUCAGUAAUUCCUAGCACCCAUUCUUGGAAUUAUGAUAUUGUUAAAAAUGCACUUGUUAAAUUUGAAGGUUGCCUUAGUACUCAAGAGGUGAGUAUAAGGUCAGCUAGUCAGUGUGCAUUUAUAAGGGCAAUUGUCAAGCAUAUGAGCCUUGAAACCUCUCUGAUUCAGCUUUGUAGUAUUGUGAGACAUUUUAGGAGGAAAGAAAGUUGGUGUCGAGGAACUGUUAUAUGGGAGGGUUUGAUUGAAAGUUUAGAUAAGUUUAAAGGAGAAGAUGGGAAGUCUUGUGUGUUUCAACCCAUUGAUAGCAUACUAAGGGAAUCCCUAGGAUGUAACAUAUCUGGGGAUUUUAGUAUUCCUCCUGAAGAUGUUGCAUUGGCAGUUUGUUUACAUUUUGACAAAUCGGUUAAUACUGAUGGUAGCAUAGAUGUAACAGACAGUGCUCAAAACUUUUGGCAUCCAGUCUAUACAUUCCUGUCAGAUUGUCAUCAGAGGCCAUAUAUUGAUCACCAGAAAUAUAUUUGGGUGUUGAAAUUACUUAUUAAUAUACUGGAGAUUUAUAAUGAUACCUUAAAGAAUUCAAGAAAUAAAAAUGCAAUAGGAAUUUGUUUUUCACAAAUGCAUGAUCAUUUUUCUUCUGUCAUGCAGUCAUUUCUUAUUAAUUUUGGAAGCUUUGGCACUGCUUUAGACACAGAAGUAAUGUGUUUGUACCUCAGCCUUUUUGGUCAAUUGGCUCAGACAACUGAAUUUUCUCAAAUAGUUAAAUGCCAGUUUGCAGAAAUGUUCAUUUUGUGUCAGAAAGUUAUGACUAACAAAAGUGAUUUUAAGAUAUUUUUUGGCAUUACUUUGUUGGAAUUCCUGUGGUGUCAUUACUUUGAUGAAUCCACAACUAUAAUAAAGCAAGAGAUAACAAAGUUUACCAUUUUUGAAGUACUUUGUAAAGUGGAAGAGAUCACAGGAAGACGUCAGAUUGAAGGAAACACAAAUGCCACAUCUGCUGCAAAACUUCAGCUAGAGGUUACCCGCAGUUGCUGGACCUGUGUGGAGUACCUUGUAGUGAAAACUUCUCUGUGGGAAAGUGGAGAGCUGUUGAACUUGAAGCAAGAUGUGGAAACAAAAACACUCAGUAUUCUGUUGGAAGCUAUUGCUGUAGCUGGAAGAGUUAAUGUGUUAUCUGUCUUCAAAACAUGUACUGAACUGGCUCAUAUUAUUAUUGAGGAACAUAUGUGGCAGGAUGUAGUAGAGCUGUUGUGGAAGUCAUCAUCCGAGUUCAAGAAAUGCUGUGAUCUCUAUCGUUCCUUGAUGCAGUGUCUUUCUGAUUUGCUCUUCCACCAUAGUAUUUUAGCCAAACCAGAGUAUGCUGAUACCAUAGAAAAGAUAUCACAAAACCUGCUGGUUGCUGCAGAAGGUGUUCAAGGUAUUGCUAAUCAUAUGGCUAGGAGUCUGGUUCUCAGUUUAUACAAGGUUAAGAAGGAAGGUUUGUUCUUUAUCACUGAUGGGGAUUGCUCGGCCAUCUCUUAUUAUUUCCGAGAAGGUAAUGAUAAGCCGCUCCCGUGGGAGGCGUCCUGCUUCUGGCUGGCGUCAACCGCUUUGGAGCGUCCUCGCGCUUGCCUGACGAUCUCUCCUGAGAGGCGUCCCUGCUUCUUGUUGACGUCUCGCGCUCGAAGCGGUCCUGGCGCUUGCCUCGCGCCUCGCUCCUGGGAGGAGUCAUGCUUCUGGCUGGCGGUUCAACCGCUUGGAGCGUCUGACGCUGCCUGGCGACUCUUCCUGAGAGGCGUCCUGCUUUUUGUUGACGUCUCCGCGCCUCGUAGCGUCCUGGCGCUUGCCUGGCGCCUCGCUCCUGGGAGGCGUCUGCUUCUGGUGAAAUGUUCACCACUACCGAGACUGGUUGGCCGUUGUCUGGGUGGGGUUGAGCAUGCACCUGACUGGAGAGGGCCAGUGCUGUCCUCCGGCGUGUCCAAGUCCUCGUCGAGGCCGAAACCUCUCAAAAGGACCGAAUGGGGGAUCCACUACCAGAUUCAUUGUGUGCACGUCAACCUUGGGAACCGAGCAAUCGCCACGAGAGCGAUCACCGACAAGAUUUACAUGCACUCAGGGAAACUCGCGAACGAGCAACCUGACACGAAACUAGUCUUAAGGGCAGAACCUCUAGGACUAGCAGCAGAAAUGCGAACCAAAGUUUGCGCUUCUAUGGCUCCCGAUACCCUAAACCCUGGGGCACAGCACGACGGUCCUGUUCCUGAAGGAACAGGCGAGCCAGGGGAAGACCCAACUGCCUCCUCAGUUGGUACCCCUGAUAGGCCUAACACCCACCCACAUCCACUCCAUCCUGUGCGUCGAGGGCUUGAAACAUACAACAAAGAUGGCGAUGCUCCCCCUCUCCCUGCAGAGAAGGAAAGAGCAAAAUUAUGUACAAAACUGCCCAAAACCCCUCCUGAUGCCUCCAACGACAAAUCAUUAGAAGAAACCGAAGGGAUAUCACAAAACUUGCUGGUUGCUGCAGAAGGUGUUCAAGGUAUUGCUAAUCAUAUGGCUAGGAGUCUGGUUCUCAGUUUAUACAAGGUUAAGAAGGAAGAUUUGUUCUUUGUCACUGAUGGUGAUUGCUCAGCCUCUCUUAUUAUUUCCGAGAAGGUAAUUGAUCUUUACCUAACACUAGCAAGAUUUGGAACAGUACAUCGCAAGCAGCAGAAACUUAUAAGGGAUACAAUAACUUACAUAAAGAGUUGUCCAGAUUUGUACAGCACCAGUGUAUUAGUAGAACUCACUGAGUCUGACCAGCAAGCACGAGCUGUUAUCCUUCGUUUCUUCUUGAGUCUUGAUAAUUGUAAUCAGGAAGAUAGGGCUCUGGCUGUAGUUGUAUAUAAACACUUGAAGCAGCAGUAUUCUCAGUGCAUAGGUGAUCGAAGAGACUUUGCUAAUUCUCAGAAGCAUCGUUACAAAUCACGGCUUCUGCAAGUGUUAUUGAUUUUACUACCACUACUUUGUCAGGAGGAAUCUUGUGAUGCCUUAGAAUGGUUGUGUGAAGGUCUGAUAAAAAAUCACCAACAGCCUAGUGUUAGAUAUAUGCAGGAGUGGGGAGUAUCUUUGAUCAUUAUCCAUUUUCCUGAGUUUUUCUGCAUUUUUGAAAAGCAUUUAAAACAGGGGACAAAAGAGAGAGUGGGUUGUGUUGGAUCAUUUUUAGCCUCACUAACUCAUAUUGCCUGCACUUCAGAGGACAAACAUCUGCUAAGGCAGUCUAUUGAAUGUGCUCUACCUUGGUGUAUGGCUCAGCAUUUCAACACACGGCUUUAUGCUCAGGUUUCAUUAAGGAAGAUUUGGCAGUACUGUGAAGACAAGAAUAUUACUGAACUUUUGAACCAGUUCAGAUCCGUCCAACACUGCCUUCAGUUCGUAGCUGAGCAAGGAAACGCAGUGCGAAACACCCUAAACAUGCUAAAUGAUUUCUAUUUUAAAGUCUUCCAUCCUCUUCAGCACUAUACAUUACAGACUAUUUUCUAUGAUCUGCCAUGUCUUUCAAUGCUGUCUGAUGAUGAAUGGUUGGCAGUUGAAUCUCUUAUGAACGUAAUGGAUACAUCAGUUUUGCCAGUCAAAAGUAUUUUGCCUCUUUAUAAUGAAGAUAAUGUUCUAGCUGAAUCAGUACCAGCACCAUGGGUUGUCAAAGCUGUCGGAGAAACGUCUCCAGUAGAUGAACAAGAGGAUAUGGAAAACCUUCGAUCUAAUGUUCAGAAAAAGAUGACCCCAUGGAAAUCCAUGAUGCCUGAGUUGUCUAGUUCUUUAGGUCUGCCUAAUCAGAAAUUUUCCGGUCAAAGAAGAGGUGGUCUCAUAGUUGUAGCAUCACUGAUUGACAAAACUCCCAACCUUGGUGGUCUUUGUCGAACCUGUGAAGUUUUCAGUGUGAAGGAGUAUGUUGUAUCCUCUCUUGCUAUACAGGAAGAUCACAAUUUUAAUUCACUCUCACUCACAGCUCAGCAGUGGGUACCAAUGAAGGAGGUGAAACCAGAGGAUUUACCAGGGUAUCUACGAGGACUGCAAAGGGAAGGCUACACCCUGGUAGCAGCUGAGCAAACUGCAAAUAGUAAAUUGUUAUCAGAAUAUGAAUUUCCAGAAAGAACUGUAGUAAUACUUGGAAAUGAGAGAGAAGGCAUUCCCUGUGAUCUGCUUCAGUUGCUUGAUGUCUGCGUUGAGAUCCCACAGUCGGGUAUUAUCCGUUCACUUAAUGUUCAUGUUUCAGGUGCACUUUUUGUGUGGGAGUAUACACGACAGCACCUACAUAAACUUGUGAAACAGGACAGUGGUACACACAACUUCAAGCCUUGCUGAUUCAUGAAAAUAUCAGCAAUGUCUACUCUCAACAAAGUUUCGUAGACUCGUCCCUCAACAGAAGAAAGAGUUGAGCCAUUAAUAAAAUUAAAUACAAUAUUGAUUUCAAUAUUGUAAAUUAUUUUUAAAUAUAUAAAGUGGGCUUUUAUUUUGUAGACCAUUAUUAAAUAGUACUAAGUGUAAAGAAAAUUCUGAACAUAUGACAGUAAUUAAUAUACAGUGAACCCCUGUACUCGUGGAUUUCUCUGUAACAUUAUAACCCCCAUUAUUCACGGAAAUUUCUAUUUGCAGUAUUUUUCAGAGAAAUAUCUUCAAAUCCCUGUUUUUUUUAUCAAUUUCAUCAUAAAAUACACUUUUUGUGAUAAACUACUAAAAAACUAAGUAUAAACCUUUUUAGCGAGUUUAAAAAAAAAAACUUAAGUAAAAAAAUAGGGUUUUAGGAUUUUAAAAAAUAGGCAGUUUUAGGAGUUUUUAUAGGUUUCAACUAUUUGCAGGUUCUAGCUAUUCACAGGGGGGUCUGGUACCCAUUCCCCACGAAUACGGGGGAAACACUGUAUAUUAUAUAAACAUAAUAAAAGGUGAUAAAUA